AUUGGAAUUAAAAAUAUCAAUCGGCCAAUAUAUUUUUACCGUACAAAAAUUGGCAAUCCCAACUUUUGUUUUAAAUUAGCAUUAGGUUGAGAUACUUUUUAUGUUACCCAUCCAUGCAUAGUAUAUCAAAACAUGUUUUUUUUUGUAAAUUCAAAAAAUCAGUAUCAAAAAGUUACCUGCAAAACAUGUCGUAAAUUAUUUUUCCCAAGGAGUUUGGAUCUAUAUCAACCUGUAAAAAAUAUAAAAAUGGUGGGUAUUGCCAAUUUUCAUACUGUAAAAAAUAUUUGUAUGAUAUUUAUUACGAAACAUGGCCAUUUUUUAAAAAUCUCGCCGGGGCGACCUAUAAACAUCAUUUCUGAAAUUUGCUGGAAUACGAAAGUUUGCUUCUAACACCCGUAGCUAUCAUUUUCAGUUUGAGGCUCCAAGUUUUUAGACCGUGUGCAAUUUUGUUACAUCUUAGCCCACACAUCUCAAUACCAUUAUCUUAUACCCCAAAAGGGUCCCAAAGCCGCAUCUUUAUGCUAAGCGUAAACCAUAAAACUAAACCAUGGUCUAAUUGAUCAUAUUUACUUGAGUACGUCGAACACCAGCCUGUCGCUCAUACUUUACCUCGAAGUUGGGUGUAAAGAACUCACUCAACUUUUGUAGCUCCGUAUAAAACAUUUUUGAGACCGUCCAUUAAUAAUGUAGAAAUUUAGCGGAAAGAAAGAGUGUCUGCAAUUACUACGAACGAAGGUGUGUUGAAAAUCGACCAAACAUGCAACGUCAUUUGUGGAUGCUCCCUUCAAUGUACGGGGAUUCUCAUCUAUGCGAUGCCUAUUACUGUUCAACGUAUAGAGAUUACUGUUAUGGAAUGGUGAAUUAAAGUCAGAAGAAUAUUAUGAAUAUUCCGUCUCCUUAUCACACUUGUGAGAAUAAUGAUGAUUACGCAUGCUCGUGCUGUGUCAGUGGCGUUCAGUUCAAAUUGAAUUAUUCAAUCAUUCGCACUGUAUCGGCCUAACCAUCGAGAAUCAUGUUCCAGCCAGCUGUGUUACUACUAUUCAUUCUAGUUACUAGCAUUUGUAGAUGUUCAUUGUUGGUUGAAAGAACUUCUAAUGGGGCUAUCUUAAAUGCCUUUCGUUUGAUCGACCUUCCAAAACUUCCAGAGUUCGCUCGUGUGAAAGCACUUGAAUUUAGGAAAGCGGAAAUCCCCUUCGCUUCUUUAAGCAUUUUUGAUCAACUAACAGAAUGCAAGUAUCUAGUAUUUCGAGAAGGAACAGUGAAACAAAUUCAAAUGAAAAAUUCACUCGUAAGCCUCACAGCCGAGAAAACAAAAACCGAAGGAGUUAUCAUAGAUCUGGGAAGCAAUUACAAGCUAGCCAAGCUAAGUAUCACUCAAUGUUAUCUCACCAGGAUUCCGGAAAACCUCAACGAACUCAAGGAGCUGGAGGAUUUGAAUCUUUCGAACAAUCGGAUAGAUUUUGUUACCAUGGACAACUUCAAAGGCAUGAAGAAAUUGAAAAGCAUUGAUUUGAAUUACAAUCAAAUAAAGCAUGUCCUUACCGUCGAUGAAUCCAUCACUUUACCUAAACUCGAACAACUUAUGCUCAGUAAUAAUCAGCUGUAUGAACUAGAUGUCUGUGGCUGGCUCAUGCCAAGCCUCGGCUCUGCAUAUUUGCGCUCAAAUGAACUGACAUACGUCAUUGGUCUCUCUACAAAUAACUUUCGGGCGAUCAAGCAUUUAGACCUCGGCAACAAUCCACUAAACUGCCACUGGAAAGAAGGUUUCGAGAAGUAUGCGGAAGAUCGCAACCUGUUCCUAUCAAACCACGUAGAUUGCGAUUAUUCACAUGAAGAUACCGUUCCAUCGAGUUGCAAAUUCACCGCUGCUAUGAACAGCAAAUUUAAGGCUUGGUGGAACGCAAUCGAAGCCAAGAGUGGUGCAAUAGUCGGAGACGUCAGUAAUAGAUUUUCAAACGGUGGUGGCAAAUUGAGUAUCAUAACCGAUCAACUGGAAGGACAUAUUGAAGCAAAAGUUAGGAUUCAAAUUGAGGAACUGAACAGAAAAUUGGUAAUGAUGGAGAAAAAGUUUAUCAAGCAGAUGGCCGAGCAGCGAAACAUGAUUGAUGAUCUGGUUGAAGUGAUAUACCGGAUGGAGAUCGAGCGGGUGUACAAUAAAACUCAAAAUCGAGGAUGAAAUUAUUUUCCCCUUUUAUAUUACAGAAUUUAUUAAAGUGUGUGUUUCUGCAAAAAUGUAAAGAGAUGCUGUUUUAUUUUUGUUUUCAUUUUAUUCUGAUGCUCCACCUUUGGGAUAGACUUUGUGUCAAUUAUCAUCAAAUUAUACCUGAAAAUUGUUUCAGACAGCUCUGUGAGGAUCGUGUCUUUCUACCUUUUAUCUGAACUGUUUCCUAGUCAUAAACGGGACUUUAAACAAGUUUACUUCAUGGUCCUACUUCGCACAAUAUCACUUUAUUGUGCUGCCUAGCGGGCAAACCGCGAACUAGUCUCCAUUUCUUCACCCUAAGCUAAGCUGAGAAGUAUGAUCUGUUCUUCUUGGAAUGUCAAGCAUAGGAAAAGAAAGGAAACAGUUUUAUUAAACAUGGUGAGGAAUAAUUAAAUAUAGCGGGAAACUGGUAACUUCUCCCGCAGUCAUAUACCAAUCCAACCUUCUAACUUGGAUCAAACCAGCCUCAGGAUCUAAAUUCUUAGCUGGCAAGUUGCCUAUGAACACCCCUCCUCCAGCAGGCAAAGCGGUCAUCCACAAGUUCUACAACAGGGUUUCAUCCUGACUGAACGGGUUCCUAACUCCAGCGUGACGUAUUAGCUUCUCACAGACUGGUACCAGUCGGAGCAAGAACAGGCCAACCACUGCCGAUGCCGCCGACUGCUGGCUGCUGGCUGGAGUGCUAUUAUAUCUUGUUUAUCCUUAUUUAUGGUCUGGAUGGUGCGUAGAGCAGGAUUACAUGCCAGGCCAGACAACGCCAACGGAGCAGAAGCAGGUUGUGGGCAUUGUUGCUCGCGUGUUCGUUGCAAGACGAUAUGCGGCGCUCCAUCACAGCCACACACAACCGUCGGUCGACGUCGCGUCGGCUUCUGUUCGCUGGUCGAAAUACAGAGAGGAGUCGCGGCGGAGGAGUUGCGAAGGUCCUACCAUGAGCCGUCGUCGUUCACACUGACUGGUAGACAUCUGACUCUUGCCACUAAGCCUUUAAUGAAGAUGCAGACAUGAUAUUGCAAAUUGGAAUUUAGUAUACCAGUGUAGUGUGUAGGGGUCGAAUAGAAGUUUGUAAAUCACUAAAGGUUUUACUAAGACCACUACGUUUUUUUUCCGGUGUUACGUCCUCAUUUGGGCAUAUCAUCUUACACUGAAAAUAUAUUUUGGUUCAUCG